AGCGCCGCGUCCCACGGCGAGCCUCGGCGGCCGCUCCUGCCGGGCUCUGCCCCGUCCCCGGCGCGGCGGCCGCACCCCCGAGAGAAAAAUCAGAAGGUUGAUGCAGAAGAAGCGCCAACAGUUCCUGUUGAGAUGUCCUGUAGCCCGUCGCUAAUAGAGCCAGCGUGUUCCAACCCUGACAUAAAGGGAGGCACAAAUAUGAGGGAAAACGAUGGUACUUCCAGACUUUUGGUUCCUCUUUCUGAUGAUAAUGAAAGUGAACAGUCAAAAUCUAUACAAAGAAAGAGAAUGCUUCCAUCCUGGAUGCUGGAAAGAGAUCUCCUGGUUCAGAGGAUUUCUGAACCUGUCAUGAGAGGAGGUAGUAGAAUGAAAAAAGGCCAAGGAGAGGGAGAAAGUAACAUGGAAUCAUCAGAAGUAAAUGUGCAGCGGAAAAAAAGAUUACCUUCUGAAGAAACUCUAGAGGAUUUUGAAGGUGAAGAGCAGGACCAAGGGAAAAGGAGCUGUCUUUCCAUCCCUGUCCCUUCAUCUCAGAAUACAUCUGGAUUUCCUCUUGAGAGUACCAUGAGAAACGUGGAAGGAGAUGGCAAGACUGGAACAAAAAACGGUGGAAGUUCUCUGGAAAAAAAUGAUAGGCAGCUGCAUAGUAAAUGGUCCAAAAGAGUAGGUCAGACCUCUAGUAAAGAAAAUAGAAUUGAGGAAACAGAAAACAAAGAGCAGAUUACUGGUUCUACAAGCCAACAAGCUCACUGGGGCAGGACUUCCCAAUAUUUUGGUGCCCAGAAAGGGAUUCUUGAGCCUGAUGCAAUUCUGGAUUACGAGACUGAGAUUUCUGAUUCAACCAGGAGUGCAGAUGCUUCAGAAAGCUCCAAACAGAUCAAGCGUAAGAGGACACCUUGCAUGUAUGGAGCAGGCUGUUACAGGAAAAACCCUGUUCACUUUGAACAGUUCAGUCACCCUAAUGAUGAUGACUAUCAUGAAACAGAGAUGGUAACUGGGGAUAAGGAUGAUAACCGGCCCGAAUGCCCCUAUGGAACAGCUUGUUACAGGAAGAAUCCCCAGCACAAGCUAGAAUACAAGCACAGUGCACCUCCAGUAACUGAAAGAGGAACCCGACAACGAACUGCAAAGAAUGGAAAAAGGGCUGUGGACAAAGACAAUGUCAGUGAUGAUGAAUCGAAUGGAUGUGACCUUAAUGACAGCUUUAUAGAUGAUGAGGAAGAGGAGUGCGAACCUACUGAUGAAGACUCUGACUGGGAACCAAGUUCAGAAGAAAAGGAUAAUGAAGAUGUUGACACACUUUUGCAAGAAGCGCGUAGAUUUGUUAAGACCAAAAAGUAGCUGCAUGGAACAACAUUACAAAUGACCAAACUGGUUGUGUUAAAACAUGGAUGUGCAAAGAGAAGAAUUGCUUUGAAAACUGUUCAUUUCCUCAGUGAUGUAGGCACUAGAGGAAGGCUUUUGUGGGAAUGAGGGGAUUCAGCAAUGUCCUGCUUUUCCAUAUGUAUUUUUCGGUGGGGUUUUUGGUUUUGCUAAGUGGUGGAGCCAGAAAACAGAGCUCUGAAAAUUUGUUUGUUUUUUAUUUUAUUUUCUCUCUUUUAUUUCUUUUAUAC